AGCCUCAUAAUGAGUGUGGCCCGCCACAUAGUUUUAUUAUCCCAACUACAGAAAGCUGGUGUCCAUCAUUGUUGGUUAAGAGGUCUCUAUUGUCCAAAUCAUCAUGCUCAAUCGGGAUGUUUAUCAGCCUUGGCAGCACGCUGUCUUCACAUUGCCACAAAUCCACGAAUUGACAUAACUCUUGCCCAUGCUGCUGGUGCAGGUAGUGGUGGCAUUGGUACCGGUACCGGCGGUACAGUUGGUGGUGGUAAUUCUUCAUCCUCCUCAGCAGCUGGCGGUGCUGGUGGCAAUAACAGUGGUUCCAGUGGCGAACCACCAAAUGAUAAAAAUUUCUUACAAUGCCCGAAAUGUGGAAGCCCGUGCACACAAGUCGAAACCUUUGUUAGCUCGACACGUUUUGUAAAAUGUGCCAAGUGUAAUCAUUUCUUCGUCGUACUCUCCGAAGUCGAUACAAAACGUAAUAUCAAAGAGGAGACAAAGAAUCAAAGAAAACCGCCACCACCACCACAAAAAAUUAUGGAAUAUUUGGAUAAACAUGUUGUGGGUCAAGAUUUUGCCAAGAAAGUCCUUUCGGUUGCCGUCUACAAUCACUAUAAACGUAUCCACCACAAUUUACCGCAGGUGAGUCCACAACAACAACAAAUGUCACAGAAUGGUGGCAUGAUGAAUGAUCCAAUGGGUACACGAACCGAUUUGCUACACAUAACUGGUAUUGGUCAUACAAUUGCUACAUCGGGUACUGAAUUACCACCCAAACAGGCACAGAAUGCAGGAAAUACUGGAGGACAUCAUCAUGAUACCGGAUCGGAAAUAUUGGAUAAACAGAAUUAUGAAAUCAAAUUGGAAAAGAGUAAUAUUAUAAUGUUGGGUCCCACCGGUUCGGGUAAGACGCUGAUAGCUCAGACCAUAGCGAAGUGUUUAGAUGUGCCGUUUGCCAUCUGUGAUUGUACCACAUUGACACAGGCCGGUUAUGUGGGCGAAGAUAUUGAGAGUGUUAUAUCAAAGCUGUUGCAGGAUGCCAAUUACAAUGUGGAACGUGCUCAAACAGGUAUUGUGUUCUUGGAUGAAGUCGACAAAAUUGGUGCCGUCCCUGGUAUUCAUCAGUUACGCGACGUUGGCGGUGAGGGUGUCCAACAGGGCAUGUUGAAAAUGUUGGAAGGUACAAUUGUCAAUGUACCCGAACGUAAUUCACCGCGCAAACUGAGAGGUGAAACUGUACAAGUAGAUACCACAAAUAUUCUAUUUGUUGCCUCGGGAGCCUAUACCGGUUUGGAUCGUCUCAUUGCCAGAAGGCUUAAUGAAAAGUAUUUGGGUUUUGGUGCUCCCACAUCGGGCUCUUCCGGUCGCCGUGCUGCCCAAUCCACAGCCAGUCCCAUGGACGAUGAUCAGGAGGAACGUGAUAGAUGUUUGACAAAAGUACAAGCUCGUGAUCUCGUGGAAUUUGGCAUGAUACCGGAAUUCGUUGGCCGUUUUCCCGUCAUUGUGCCGUUCCACAGCCUUAAUGUUAACAUGUUGGUUCGCAUUUUAACUGAACCCAAAAAUGCUUUAAUUCCCCAGUAUAAGGCUUUGAUUGGUUUGGAUCAUGUCGAUUUAACAUUUACCGAGAACUCCAUUAAGGCCAUUGCCGCCUUGGCCAUGGAACGUCAGACCGGUGCCAGAGGUUUACGUUCAAUAAUGGAACAACUUUUACUCGAUCCCAUGUUUGAAGUUCCCGGCUCUGAUAUUAAGACUGUACAUAUAACAUCGGCCUGUGUUAAGGGUCAAGCCCCACCCAUCUAUAUACGCAAGGAUGAGAAUGUCAGCAGUACUGAAAGUACCACAGAUGACAGCAGUGAAGACAGUGAAAGCACAAAAGUUCGUGCAACGCAAUAAUC